ACCGAAAAUUCUUAUACUGUCCAUAACAAAAGAAUGACUCCUGAAAUUCUCUCCUUGUUCGGGCCCUUGGCCGGUUACACUUCUCUACUGACCUUUGAUUUCAUCCUGUUUGCUUCUCUCUUCGCCGCCGUUUCGUUUCUGUUCCUAGCUCCCGGCGGUCUAGCAUGGGCUCUUUCCAAGAGCCGACUAGGGUCCCAGCAGGGUUCCGCCAUACCUGGCCCAUCCGGGUUACCUUUACUAGGCCUUGUUUUCACUUUCACCGGCUCUCUCACUCACCGUGCCCUGGCUAAGCUGUCCGAAAGCUUAAAGGCCACCCAGCUCAUGGCGUUUUCGAUCGGUUUCACCCGUUUUAUUAUCUCGUCGGAACCCGAAACGGCCAAAGAAAUCCUGAGUAGCUCCGCCUUCGCCGACCGUCCGGUGAAAGAAUCUGCUUACGAGCUUCUUUUUCACCGGGCGAUGGGGUUCGCUCCGUUCGGUGAGUACUGGAGAAAUCUGAGAAGGAUUUCGGCCACUUAUCUGUUCAGUCCCAGACGUAUCAACGCUGCGGGUGAGUUCCGCGCUGAGGCUGGGCUUAAGAUGGUUAAUCAGGUGAAGAACUCGAUGGCUGUAGAUGGUCGUGUUGGAAUCAAAAGCAUCUUGCAUUUCGGAUCGUUAAACAAUGUGAUGAUGACCGUGUUUGGGAAAUCUUACGAGUUUGAUCAAAACAGAGCCGAGUCUGCUCAGCUUGAAAGCCUUGUUAGCGAAGGUUAUGAACUGUUGGGUAUCUUUAACUGGAGCGAUCAUUUCCCACUUCUGGGUUGGAUGGAUCUUCAAGGUGUGAGGAAGAGAUGCAAGGCUUUGGUUGACAGGGUCAAUGUUUUUGUUGGUAAGAUCAUUGAUGAUCACAAGAUGAAGCGUAUGAAUGAUGACGGUGCUGUAACCGACGUCGAAAGCUCCGGCGAUUUCGUUGAUGUUUUGCUUGAUUUGGAGAAUGAGAACAAGCUUAGUGACUCUGACAUGAUUGCUGUUCUUUGGGAAAUGAUUUUCAGAGGAACAGACACAGUUGCCAUUCUCCUUGAAUGGAUUCUCGCAAGAAUGGUCCUUCACCCCGACAUACAAUCCAAAGCUCAGGCCGAAAUCGACGCCCUAAACCGACCGAUAACCGACCAGGACAUCCAAAACCUACCAUACCUCCAGGCUAUUGUCAAAGAGACACUCAGGAUGCAUCCUCCGGGUCCUCUGCUCUCAUGGGCAAGGCUGGCAAUUCACGACACCAAACUCGCCGGCGGUCACUUUAUCCCUGCCGGAACUACUGCCAUGGUCAACAUGUGGGCUAUAACCCACGACGAGAAGGUGUGGGCUGACGCCGCUGUGUUCAGGCCCGAGAGGUUUGUUGAGGAGGAAGUUAGCAUCAUGGGUUCUGAUCUAAGGUUGGCUCCCUUCGGCGCCGGAAGGAGGGUUUGUCCCGGGAAAGCUUUGGGUUUGGCAACUGUUCAACUAUGGCUUGGACAGAUGCUUCAGAACUUCAAAUGGAUGCCUGUCGAGGAUCAAGCUGUUGAUUUGUCUGAGGUUCUUAAGCUUUCCAUGGAGAUGGAACACCCUCUGGUCUGCAAGGCCGUCGUUAGGGCUUAGACAACAAGGUGGGGCGGUGAUGGGCGGCGGUGGUGGUUUGUUUGAAUUGAUCUCAACCAUGAUUUUGAAAGCUGUGUGUAUGGAAGAGAUCAUAGUCUUUUAGUAAUUAAGUGUCAUGUGUUAGGGAUAUAGAAUCAUAUAACUAUAAUAUAUGAUUAAUGGUUUGAAAUAAAACGAAGAAGGUGUUUGGUUUGUUGUAUGUUUUGUGGUUUAUGAUAUAAAUGGAUUAUCUAUCUUUUGGUUUGU